AUGGACUCCUUUAAAACGCUGCAGACAGAGAUCUCGGCCGCGCUCAAACCAACCACCAGGUCUGCCGCUGCCAUUGGCAAGGCAGACAUCCCUUUCCAAAGGUCGCUAAAUCCCGAGGCUGGCACCCAGUUGGACGCCCAAAAUGCGCGCCUCCUUCACCUCGCGCAGCGCCUUCUCCAGAAUGCUGCUGCGAGCUCGGACGCUGUAGGUCCCAAGCUACCCGAUGUCGAAGCCAUAGACGCCAAUUGGAGGGGGGUUGUUGAUGUCAUCGACAGCUUGCUUGAGAAGGCCGACACCAGUCUGGAUGAGUACACCGGCGUGGUCAAGCGGUUGAGUCCGGCUAGUGAACAGGCCGCCGUGAAGCCCCGCCCCAACAUUGCCGACAGGAAGAUCAUUCCAAAGCCGCAGCUCCAGUUUGAGCACGUGCCGACCAACGACGAGACUGGUGGCUUCCGCCCACUCGCCACAUCCAAGCCACACGCGAAGAUUCCCUUGGAAGAAUGUCUGAAGACAUUCAGGGACAAGCGCGGACGGGAACAAUACCCGCAUCCCUACCAAACAGAAAUCGAAGAGUACGAAUACCCAGCAAACGUCUACGAAUACGCCGAGCCGCAGCAAUAUAAGCCUUUUGAAUCCACAACCGCAACUCUAGUCGACACGCCUGAAGCGCUGGCUACCAUGCUCUCUGAGCUGAAGACAGCAAAGGAAAUCGCCGUGGAUCUUGAACACCAUGACAAUCGCUCCUAUAUUGGCAUGGUUUCGUUGAUGCAGAUAAGCACUCGCGACAAGGACUGGAUAGUGGAUACACUGAAACCUUGGCGGCGGAAGUUGGAGUGCUUAAAUGAAGUCUUUGCGGAUCCCAGCAUUCUCAAAGUUUUACAUGGUGCUUACAUGGAUAUUAUGUGGCUGCAGCGCGAUCUGGGACUCUACAUUGUUGGCCUCUUCGAUACCUACCAUGCUGCCCGAGCACUGGGCUACCCUGGCGCCAGUUUAGCCUACUUGCUCGAGAGACACGUCAAGUUCACAGCCCAGAAACAGUACCAACUUGCAGAUUGGCGCAUAAGACCGCUCAGCCCAGAGCUCUUCGAAUACGCACGCGCAGAUACUCAUUUCCUUCUCUACAUCUAUGACAACAUGCGCAAUGAGCUGGUUGAGAAGUCCGACUUUUCGAACCCCGACAAGAACAAGGUCCAUGAUGUACUUGAAAAAUCCAAGGAGACAUCAUUACAGCGGUAUGAACACCCUAUCUACGACAGCGAAACAGGACUCGGAUCUAGCGGCUGGUAUAAGCUUAUCUCGCGAACCCCGGUUCAAUUCACUCCUGAGCAAUUUGCCGUCUUCCGGGCGGUGCAUAGAUGGAGGGACGAUCUCGGAAGGAAAGAAGAUGAGAGCCCGCUAUUUAUCAUGCCAAAUCACGCCGUAUUCUCUGUAGCCCGCGCAAUGCCAGCAGACAAGGCCGCACUCUUCAACGCCAUACAACACGUUUCACACAUUAUCCGAUCCCAUGCAGAAGAGCUUGUUGGCGUAGUUGUAGAGGCCAAGAAAGAAGGUCUGCAUGGGCCAGAAUUACACACAACACUUCAGACUAUUGAAGACAUGCUAAAAGCAGAAAGAGCUGGACCAGAAACUGCAGUAGAAACAAUGAAGAAGGCUCCAGCCACAGUUGGCCAAACCACGUCACUAGCCCGAGGGAUUCAUACCUCUGCUGCUCGGGCUCCAGGUUCAGAGUUCUGGGGCAAGCUGUGGAAAAAGGACGCGGCCUCGCAGCCAACGCAACAUCUUUCUACAAUCGAUAUUGACCUUGCCCUUCCCUUACCACCUCUGACAGCACAAGUCUUUGCCGACGCAAACGGAACCGCCACAUCUACACUAAAGGCCGAGAAACCGCAACACACCUUUGUACCAAAGGAGAUGAGACCGGCGGAAGAUCAACAAACCGACACAUUUGUUGUGAAGCACUUGGGCGGAGGAAAGAAACGAAAGCGAGGUGACGCUCAGGAGCAAGCACCUUCUUUACAGUCUCUCGAUUCAAUGACGCGGGACGAAAUUAUGCUGGACGCACCUGAAGAAAGCUCAGAAGCCAUACAGGCCCGGGAAAAGGCUGCAAGGAAAGCUGCAAGGAAACAGAAGAAGAAGGAAGAAGCCGCUGCCCAAGCUGCAGCACGCAACGGUGAUGAGGCUGUCUUUGAUUAUGCAAAUGCUAAGUCAGUGCUGCAUGCUGAAGACGAGGACCCGAAAGCGAAGAAGAAGGACAAGAAAGACAAAAAGAAGAAGAAGGCAGGGUUCACAGCAUUUGCAGGCAUGGCGGAUGCUCCCAAGGGAUUGCCGAGGGCGCAAAAGGAGGUUGCGGGCCGGAGCAAAACGUUCAAAUCUUGA